GUAAAACGCGCCGGUAGGAACACUGAGGAAGGGUCUGGACCCGUUUCCUUCUCUCCAGAGAUAGAUCCUGCCUGUCCCGGCUGAGUUAGUCCAGCAUUUCGUGACUUAUCAUCAGCUAAUUUGGAGCCGGUGCCCUUUUAAGUUGGGGGCGGUCGGUCCCCACCUCUCCUUCCAGCUUUAUCUGAGGCUGAUUGGGUUUCCAGGAGCCAUGUGGAAGCGACAGGAGGGUGAGAUGUGGGUUGGCAGAGUAACACACACACACACACACCCACACACACACACACAGGCGCUGGGCAUUGCCGAGCCAGCUCUGCUUCACCGAGAGCUGUGGUUUAGAGAUUGCUGGCUGGGAUGUGGCAUUGUAGCAGCGGCGGCGGUGGUGGUGAUGGUGACGAUACGGGCGGGAGCGGCUCCAUUUCUCUGCUGCUCUCCGCUGGUCCGCCGCAGGUCGUGGCCACGGUGGAGUCACUGGUCCUAGCCUUACAGCGGGACAAGGAGAAGCUGAUCCAGUCCCUCAUGGAGGACCCCAGCAGUCGACAGCUCCUACCCCUCCUCUGCCGCUUCCUCGCCUCCGGAGAGACCCGGCUGUGCAGCAAUGCAGCGUACAUUCUGGGCUCCAUUGCAGAGAAUGAGGUGGGGGCGCAGCGACUGGUGACGAUGGCACAGUGCUGCCCGCAGGAGUCCGCCGAUCUCCUGGCCAACCUGACGGGCAUGUUGAAGUGGACGGACGAGGAGGCGGUGAUGAAUGUGGCCGGUGCACUGGGCACUAUGGCUGAGACAGUGGAGGGCCGGCAGUGGUUGCUGAAGGACUCUCACAUCCAGGAGAUCGUCAGCGCGGUGACGGAGCUGUUGAGCAGCGGCAACAAAUGGGCGGCCAGCAAUGGGGCGCUGGUGCUCGCCAGGGUGACCAUCUGUGAAUCGGGCUGCAGGAUCAUCCUGGAUCACCCUCGGUGUUGGUACAUCCUGGGCAAGCUGAUCGCCUCGCUGGGAAUCGAUGAGGCAGGUUGUGGGAUGAGUGCAGCAUUUGCUCUUGGGCGUCUCUGCAAUCUGGACACCGGCCUCAAGCAGACCCUGGACAUGCAGGAAGCUCCAGCUAUGAUUACAGCGCUGGAGAGAAUGAUGUCAGACGGGGAUACCGGGUGUAGCAAGAACGCUUGCUUUGCGCUGAGCUGCCUCGCUGCGGAUAAGGACGGACACGCACACGUCUUGCUCAAUCCCAUCUUCCCGGACAUCCUGAACACCUUGUGCGUUUUACUGGAAUCCCAGGAGCCAGAGUCGGCCUGGUUUGCCGCCAUGACGUUAAGAGUAUUAGGCAGUCAUCCAAAAGGGGUUGUCAAACUGAGAGAACAUCCGAAAAUCUCAACACUGCUAAAGAGUAUGGCCUGCUCGCCCACUGCUGGCAAAGACCUUCUGGAAGAAGUGGACUUCACCUUGAGAAAGCUGCGGCCUGUUUCCAAGCCCUCCCCACCCCAUGUAGACAUCCUGAACGUCAACUCAAUCCAAGUCAGCUGGAGUAAACUGGUGCUGGACAGCGGACUGGAGGUGAUGUACAGCUUGUUCGAUGGAGACAGGUUACUGUACAAGGGCCCAGAUUGCAGCUAUCUGCUAACCGAUGUAAAGGUGAGCAGAGAAUAUGCCUUCAAGCUGCACGUUGGUACGGAGGGUGAUGAGGGGCUGUACAGUGAUGUGAGCCGGGCCACUGUGGAAGAGUCGGUACCGAGCUGCCCGCUGGACUUUCGGGUUAUAGGCUGCACUCCGACACAGCUGAAGCUGUCGUGGUCUCCACCGCUGGGGCCCAACGGCGCCAUCAGAUGCUACGUGGUGUACAAAGGUCACGCGGCCAUCGAGUCGACGUCGGAGCGCAGCUGCAUUGUGAGCGGUCUUGUUCCCUCCAGCUGCUACGUGUUCCACGUGUGCGCCUGCACCAGCAAAGGGAAGGGUCAGAGGUCCUCGCUCUCGGCGCACACGGCCGACCCCGGCGACCACGCCCCGGGCAGGCUGACCGUCAACGUGCUGGGCAGGAACGAGAUGUUCAUCACCUGGGACAUGCCGCAGGUCCCGCUGGGCCGCCUGUUCAACUUCGAGCUCUGCAUGAACGGCAAGGUUGUCUACCUGGGCGCAGACCGCUCCUUCACCGCCCGCCGCCUGACCGCCAACUCCGAGUACGCCUGCACCGUCAGCGCCAUCACCAGCGAGGGCAAGUGCGAGAGCAAGCCCGUGGUCAAGAAGACGGCCAAGGACGAGUACGUGAACACGACCAGGUGCCUCUACUCCCCGGCCCGCAGAAGCCAGCCAGUUGCUUCGUCUUCAACCAGAGACGUAUCCGACUUGUCUGAACGGCUCCGGAAAUUGAGAACGCAACCAGGGCUUCAAAAAGAACAGACCUCGAGCAAAACAACGCGAGCUCAUCAAGUCCCCAGUAAAGGCAGUCUAAAAGGAUCUCCCAAGUUCAUAAGUUAAAACGUUGCAUCAGGUCUAAGACUGUGGAUGGGUGGGAGAUGGCCCGAAUAAAGAGAGGCGGCACGGCGGAGCAGCGGUAGAGUUGCUCCCUCACCGCGCCAGAAACCCCAGCUCCAUCCCGAGUACAGGUGCUGUCUGUACGGAGUUUGCACGUUCUCCCCGUGACCU